UGGCGCUUAAAAUUGCUUCUACAUCGUUCCGCAGCGGUGUCUCUCGAUGUGAUGGUGCGGAACUAACCCCGCGAGCCAUGCCGUUCUCACCAUCCGGUAAACAAUGUUGCACACAUCUCAAGCGAUCCCAGCGAGAUAGACGGUAGAUUUCGAUUUUGGGGACUCCACUCCCCGCGGGGAUUGUCGACCCGCUGUUUCUACCCCAUGGGGAUGUCCCACGCUUUUAUAGAGAUGCUCUCCCCCAGGUUUCCGUUUGCUUCUGUAUAACCCUCGACAAUCUUGCAGAUUGCAGGGCACCUUACAUUUCUCGUUAACCCCCGAUAUACAUGGGCGAAGGCAUCACUGGAGUGCGGGUCGCUCAUUCAGAUAACCACGCCAUGUCCGACCUCAGCAGCGACGUGAGGAAAGACCAAUUUGAUAAAGCAUCUCAUCUGGAAGAUGUUUCAACAUACGAACCAGAAGCGCCUCCAGUGGACGCGCCAAUCAACUGGCCAGCAUGGAAGCGAAAUGCGCAGAUUCUGAUGGUCGCUUUCCAUUCCAUGGACACUGUGUUUAUGGCGGCAGGUAUCAUUCCCGGAUAUGAUGCUAUGGCGGCAGCAUACAAUGUCACCGUGCCUGAAGCGAGCUACCUGACGUCGGCUCAGAUUCUGGUCUUGGGAAUCGCUCCUUUUUUCUGGAUCCCCCUCAUAGCCCGAUUCGGUCGCUAUCAUAUUUUUAUGCUAUCGGUUCUGGUCUCGAUGGUGUUGAAUAUCGGAGGUGCUUACUGUAAAACUUUUGGUGCUCAGAUGACCACUCGUGUUCUCGUUGCCUGGUUCAUCGCACCCCCAAUUGGAAUCGGCAGCGGCGUAGUGACCGAACUGUGCUAUCCUGAAGAGCGUGGUCAAAAGAUCGGAUGGUGGACCUUGAUGACUGUGCUUGGUAUUCCCGGGGGUGCUUUCAUCAAUGGCUUCGUGGCACAGCACCUGGGUUUCGAGUGGAUAUUCUUUAUCUUCGCAAUCAUCAAUGCCGCCCAGUUCAUCGCUUACGUGCUUCUGGGUGACGAGACCCUCUACGUCAAAGACAGUCCUCAACCUCGUCAGACGGGGCUGGCCCGUUUCAUUCCUCACCGACUAGACCACCGGGCAAUCAAGUUUGGUGACUUCUUUAGACCUCUCUCCCUGGCAAAGUUCCCUCGCGUCUUGAUCCCUGCCAUCGCUCAUGCCGUUUCAUUCGCCUAUGCGAACAUCGCCGUCAUUGUCGAGACACCUCUGACUUUCGGAGAGAAGUUCCACUUCAACGCCCAGCAAGUUGGAUACCAGUUUGCUGCCGUGAUCAUUGGUUCCCUCAUUGGUGAGCAGAUCAGUGGCCCAAUGUCGGACUGGUUCCUGAAGACUCUGCGUCGUAGGAAGGGCCACACCAUUCCCGCAGACCGUCUAUGGCUAUCAUACAUCGGAUUCGGCACCGUCAUUGCUGGUCUUCUGACCUGGGGAUUCCAGCUGGAGAAAGCAAGCACAUGGAAUAUCACUCCCAGCAUUGGCAUGGCCAUCGAUUCCUUUGGAAACCAGAUUCUUACCACUACACUGAUCUCAUUUGCCGUCGACAGCCAUCGAGAGUACUCUUCCAGUGUCGGGGUCUUCAUCAACAUGUUUCGUCAGAUUUACGGAUUUCUCGGUCCAUUCUACUUCCCUGACAUGUAUGCCGCACUCGGCCUUGGUGGAGCCGCUGGUUUGAUGUGUGGUCUUAUCGUUGUUGUUUCGCUGGCGCCUACGAUCAUAAUCCAGGUUAUCGACUCCCGGAGGAACCAGUGAACAUUGUAUAUAGUAAUUUAUAUUAGUUUCAGAUGAGCAGCCUAGUGAUGCCAUUGUUCCCCCUGUACACCGAAUAGUUCGCGUUAU